AUGUCUAGCGCAAGUGAUAUUUUCAAUCAAGCUAAAUCAGCAGCUACAUCAGUAGCCAACACAGCUGUAAACACAGCUACUUCAUUAGCCAAUCAAGCCAGCACCCUUGCUUCCCAAGCUGCCAACUCGGACGCAGCAGCAAACGUUACUUCUCAAGUGCAAUCCAUCGGGUCUCAAGCAGUAUCAACAGCUGGUACUUUAGCUGGACAAGCUCAUGCCCAAGCUCACGCUUUAGCUCCUACAGUCGUACCUGCACCUUCAACAUCCACACUCACCACAGAAGGUAUUGAUAACAGAGGCGAUUUGAGUCCAACAGAUGAAGUUGGAAAAGCAAAAUUCGAAAAACUGUUCGAUAGUAGAUCAAAACCUGACGAGUUGAAAGAUAAAGGUAUCUUGAAAGGUGACCCCAAUGACGCUCUCGCCCACAAAAGAGCUGAGCUCGCAAAAGCAAUGAACAAGGACCAACUCGACAAGGAAAUUGCUCAAAGACCUCAACCAGAGGAGUUAGUCAAGAAGGGAAUCUUGAACCCCGAUGAAGCCCCACCUGUGUAA